AUGGUGAAGGGGCACAAAGGUGAUGACAUUGGUAAAAAUGUGAUCAGAUGCAUGACUGAAUGGGGAUUAGAGAGAGUAAUGACUAUAACAGUUGACAAUGCAAGUGCCAAUGACACUGGUAUUGGUUAUUUGAGGAGGCAACUAAGCGGAACAAAUAUUGCUAAUGGCAAGUACUUGCACAUGAGGUGUGCAGCACACAUUGUUAACCUCAUCGUGCAAGAUGGCCUAAAAGAAGUGGACCUCUCUGUGAAGCGUGUUAGAGCUGCUGUUAGGUAUAUUCGAAAUGGAGGUUCAAGAAUAGCUAAAUUUAAGGAACUUAUAGAGGAAGAGAAGUUGACCAAUAAGCCAUUUUUGAAGCUUGACGUCCCAACAAGAUGGAACUCCACUUGUAUCAUGCUUAAAGCUGCAAUUGUUUAUGAGAAAGUGUUCACUAGGUUAGUUGAUGAAGAUAUGAGUUAUGUUAUUGACCUAUCUGAAGCAAGGGAUGGAUUUGGUCACCCAGAUGAAACUGAUUGGGAAAAUGUGAAGAAGAUGGCUGAUUUUCUAGAACAUUUGCAUGAUCUUACUGUCCGUGUCUCUGCUACACUCCAUGUUACUUCACAUACACUCUUUCAUGAGAUUGGAGAAGUGCACUUGUUGAUUCAAUCCUGGUUGAAUAGUACAGAUGUUGUGCAAUCAGCUAUGGGCAGGAGAAUGGAAGAUAAAUUUGACAAAUAUUGGGGACUUUGGCACACCAGCAAUAGCAAUACAAUUGUGAAUGACAAGGGGAGGGGAAAGGGAAAGGAGAAGGAGAACAUAAAUUUAUUGAUUUUUGUUGCUGGUUGUCUUGAUCCAAGAUACAAGUUAUCUAUGUACACAAAGAUAACUGUUGAAGAGAUAUUUGGUGAGGAAAGGGGACAACUAGUUUGGGAAGCAAUUGACACUUGUGUUCAUGAGUUAUUUGAAGAAUACAAGAAAAUGUAUGGUCCAGCUGAAGAGACAUCUGAUGCAAUUGAUCCAGUAGCAUCAAAGGGAGGUAGAGGGGGGCAAACUGAAGGAAGUCAUCGCUAA